UCAUCCAUCUUCGGUGCUUCAAUAGUUGGUCAGAAACAGCCCCAACACUGACGGGAUUCAUGUGCAAUAUUCAUCAAGGGUCACAAUCGUGUAUUCCAAGAUCAGUACUGGAGAUUGUAGCCAAACAACAGCAGGUAAUCGAGGACCGGAAUAUCAGUUGUUUUAUGUUCUCUUAAGGGAACAAAACAGCAAACGAAAAACAUGUCCUUCCUCCAACCAUAUUUUUAACACAAACAUCUUGCUUCUCUUUCUCCUUCACUUCACUUAUUGUCAUUUGGAAGAUUCUUGCUGGUUGUUGGUAAAAUUUGGGAAUUCAUAUCUGUCCAAACUUCAUGAACCGUAAGAACUUAAGUUUUGCCUUGGUUAUGUUUGUUAAUAUGCCUCAAUGAAAACACAGUCAAAAUCUCUUCUUUUAUGCAACGGUGCGGCUGUGGACAUGGCUGUCCUCCAGCCCUCUGCUGGGGGGCAAUCAUCACCUUCCCAGGUGUUCCAGCGUAAGUCCUUCUCCGCAUUAUUCUCUCCCGGUUCCUCACACCCAACCCUCUCUAUCAAAGCUUCAUCCUCCACACACAAGGGGGAGCCGGCUAUCCUCUUUUUGUAAGACGAUCUUGAUAGGCUUUCUACUCCCUACAAGUAUGCUCUGGUGGGCAAGUUUUCCAGAGGCAAACCAAAAAUGGACGAGGUGCGUAAGUUCUUCCUUACGUUGGAUUUGAGGGAGGCUGUUUCCGUGGGUUUACUGGAUUCAAGACAUGUCUUCAUCAAGCUGGCCAAUGAGGUCGACUUCCAUAGACUGUGGGCUCGUAGCAUCUGGUAUGUCCAUGGUUUUCCGAUGAGGGUUUUCAAGUGGUCGACGGCUUUCCAUGUUGACAAAGAACCGUAGGUUGCUCCGGUAUGGUUCCAACUCCCUAAACUGCCAGUUCACUACUUCCAUAAAGAGGUUCUGUUCCAGAUUGUCUCCCCACUGGGGACUCCAUUGUUUGUGGAUGCGGCAACUUCGAAUGCGACACGCCCAAACUGUGCUCGUGUAUUUGACCUCCUAAAGCCUCGGCCAUCCAGAAUCUGGAUUGGUAAUGGCGCGCAGGAUGGGUUCUGACAGAGUUUUAUCCCGGAGAAUCUCCCACAUUAUUGCUCCCAUUGCUUUCGGCAGGGGCAUGGAGUGGAGGGCUGUCAUGUUUCGACCAGAGCUCCGAGCAGGCAAAAUGGAGGGUGAGAAGUUAGUGAAAUCACAAGCUGUGCAACAAAGAAUAGCAGAACAGGUGGCUGUUCAAGCAGGCCCAAUACCACCUGUCCGCACCACUGGAGUGGGAGUGGCAUUGCUGGAAUCGAAUGAGCACGAAAUGGGUGCCACCGUCCACACUACUUCUUUGUGUGCGAGGGGUGGAGUAGCGGCUGAGGCUUCAGAUUGUGACGGAAGAGGGAGCCCAGAACAGCAGAAAGAAGACAGGAUAGGAGAGGUGCGGCGCUCGAAGGUGGUUCUGGUGGAGGACGUGAUGAUAGAUUCAGCAAUGGCAGACUCUGUUGCUGCUGCUGGGGGAUUGUCGUUGCUGGGUAAUAACGCGCAGGUGAUGGGUGCUGCCCACGGCACUUUUCAACCUGUUUUGUACGCAAAAGGGGAGGAUAUUGCUGGGCAGCUGGAGGCUAGGGUAAAUGGUGAAGCUGAUGAGAGUCAUGAGGAGGAGCAGGUUGAGAUCCUAGUGGUAGCGGGAAACCUCUCAUCGAGGUCCAUCGCAAGUUCUGAGAUAGGUGGGGUGGAGUGUGAUGACCUUUGCGCAGAGGAGCUGGGUGCAGCGGUGGGGGAGGAGGAGAUGGUUGCAGCAGAACUAUGUGCUGGUAAUUUGUCUCCACGGGGUGAAGUUGGAGCUGUGCCACGGGACAUUGGAUCUCUGGUGGUGGAUAUCUUUAACUUGGAUCCUAUCAUACAGCAAGUCCAGGAGAAGGUGCACGGAGAUGAGGGUGGUAAGAUGAUUUCCAAGCGUAGAGGUAUCUUGCGUGCCCCAAAUUUUCGUAGAUUAAAAAGUUUAAUUGCUGAGUCGUCAGUUCAGUUAGUUGCUAUAUGUGAACCUAAGUUGUCUGUGGGAGAGAUUCACUGGAUACGACUAAAGUUGAGGAUGGAUAAAUGCAUUGCCAAUAGUGAGGGUUCUAUAUGGGUGUUCUAUCAAAACUCCCUUGUAUGUGCCCCCCUGGGUGAGUCGGGUCAACAUUUAUUGCUUAAAAUACAAUCGCAAAUGGUAUCUGGUCCCAUGGUCUUUUCGUUUGUGCAUGCAAAGUGUAAUGAGCAGGAGAGAAGAUCGCUUUGGUCUGCUCUAUUGCUCGAUAACCCGGGCAAUACACCAUGGUUUCUGAUUGGGAAUUUUAAUGUCAUUGUCUGUGAGGAGAAGCGACGUGGUUUACCUUUUCGCCUGGGGAGGGUUUGGAUUUUAUCUGUUUCAUGGCUUUGGCUAGAAUACAGGAUGCUGGGUUUUCGGGGACAAAGUUCACAUGGUGUAAUAAUAGAGGGGGAAGCGCGCAUAUCUGGAAGAGGUUAGACAGG